GGGACCGAGGCAGGGAGGCGUGCUGGCCGGGGCGGCUGUAGAGGCGGUGGCGGCGGCCACUGGCGGUGGGAGGAGCCGCGCGGUUCCGGCUGCCUCGGUGAAGCGACCCUUGGGUCGGCGUUGCGACGAGGCGGGCAGGUAGGCGAGCUGACGACCGCAGCUCUCGGGUAGGCUUCAGCGGCGGAGUCCCCCGCGGCGCCCGGCGCGCCCCCUGCACCCUCGACCUCCUGUGUUGAGGCGGGGGAGUAAGGAGAUGCCGACCCAGAGGGACAGCAGCACCAUGUCCCACACGGUCGCGGGCGGCGGCAGCGGGGACCAUUCUCACCAGGUCCGGGUGAAAGCCUACUACCGCGGAGAUAUCAUGAUAACACAUUUUGAACCUUCCAUCUCCUUUGAGGGCCUUUGCAGUGAGGUUCGAGACAUGUGUUCUUUUGACAAUGAACAGCUUUUCACCAUGAAAUGGAUAGAUGAGGAAGGAGACCCGUGUACAGUAUCAUCUCAGUUGGAGUUAGAAGAAGCCUUUAGGCUUUAUGAGCUAAACAAGGAUUCUGAACUCUUAAUUCAUGUAUUCCCUUGUGUUCCAGAACGUCCUGGAAUGCCCUGUCCAGGAGAAGAUAAAUCCAUCUACCGUCGAGGUGCACGCCGCUGGAGAAAACUUUAUUGUGCAAAUGGCCACACUUUUCAAGCCAAGCGUUUCAACAGGCGUGCUCACUGUGCCAUCUGCACAGACCGAAUAUGGGGACUUGGACGCCAGGGAUAUAAGUGCAUCAACUGCAAACUCCUGGUUCACAAGAAGUGUCACAAACUUGUGACAGUUGAAUGUGGGCGGCAUUCUUUGCCACCGGAACCAAUGAUGUCCCUGGAUCAGUCUUCCAUGCAUUCAGACCAUGCACAGACAGUAAUUCCAUAUAAUCCUUCAAGUCAUGAGAGUUUGGACCAAGUAGGUGAAGAAAAGGAGGCAAUGAACACCAGGGAAAGUGGCAAAGCUUCAUCCAGUUUAGGCCUUCAGGAUUUUGAUUUGCUCCGGGUAAUAGGAAGAGGAAGUUAUGCCAAAGUACUGUUGGUUCGAUUAAAAAAAACAGAUCGUAUUUAUGCAAUGAAAGUUGUGAAAAAAGAGCUUGUCAAUGAUGAUGAGGAUAUUGAUUGGGUACAGACAGAGAAACAUGUUUUUGAGCAGGCAUCCAAUCAUCCUUUUCUUGUUGGGCUGCAUUCUUGCUUUCAGACAGAAAGCAGAUUGUUCUUUGUUAUAGAGUACGUAAAUGGAGGAGAUCUAAUGUUUCAUAUGCAGCGACAAAGAAAACUUCCUGAAGAACAUGCCAGGUUUUACUCUGCAGAAAUCAGUCUAGCAUUAAAUUAUCUUCAUGAGCGAGGGAUAAUUUAUAGAGAUUUGAAAUUGGACAACGUAUUACUGGACUCUGAAGGGCACAUAAAGCUCACUGACUAUGGCAUGUGUAAGGAAGGAUUACGGCCAGGAGAUACAACGAGCACUUUCUGUGGUACUCCUAAUUACAUUGCUCCUGAAAUUUUAAGAGGAGAAGAUUAUGGUUUUAGUGUUGACUGGUGGGCUCUUGGAGUACUAAUGUUUGAGAUGAUGGCAGGAAGAUCUCCAUUUGAUAUUGUUGGCAGCUCUGAUAACCCUGAUCAAAACACAGAGGAUUAUCUUUUCCAAGUUAUUUUGGAAAAACAAAUUCGCAUACCACGUUCUCUGUCUGUAAAAGCUGCAAGUGUCCUGAAGAGUUUUCUCAACAAGGACCCAAAAGAACGAUUGGGUUGUCAUCCUCAAACAGGAUUUGCUGAUAUUCAGGGACACCCAUUCUUCCGAAAUGUUGAUUGGGAUAUGAUGGAGCAAAAGCAGGUGGUACCUCCCUUUAAACCAAAUAUUUCUGGGGAAUUUGGUUUGGACAACUUCGAUUCUCAGUUUACUAAUGAACCUGUCCAGCUCACUCCAGAUGAUGAUGACAUUGUGAGGAAGAUUGAUCAGUCUGAAUUUGAAGGUUUUGAGUAUAUCAAUCCUCUGUUGAUGUCUGCAGAAGAAUGUGUCUGACCCUCAUUCUUCGACUAUGCAUUCUGCUUGUGUUGCCAUUUAAUGCAUGGAUAAACUUGUUACCAGUUUGUAUACAGUUAACCAUUUUAUAUUUGCCACCUGCCAAACAACACUCAAUAUCUUCUAUUGUAGACUAUAAGAAUCAGUUAUUAAAUCUAGGUUUGACUCUGGAAAAGGAAUUAAAGCUAGCUUCCAGACAGUCGUGUCAGGAGUUUGGUAUACUGGUUCCUCAGAGGCCUACUGAGGAGUAAUGAAGUUUUUUUGUGGGUUUUUUUU